GUUGUCGCGUGGUAGGCUAGCAACCAAAAGAAGAGGAGUCUGGAAAGACACCGCGUUUGCCUAUUUGCCCUCUGGCAGCUUCGCAUCUCACUCGCCUCACUGAAAUUCGCGGAGUGAAGCUAAAAAUGGCGUGCUUACAUGACCACAGCUGUGAAGAUCAUAAUUGUUCCUCUGAUUGGUCCCUCUACAAACACAUAGAUCUUUCCAAGGUAUCUGCUCUAAAUGAGGCAACUCCAGGAAGUGUUAAGUCAGUUUUUAAAGCUUGGGAACAGCGUUUAGUUUCUUCUGGGGAUUACUUAGAAAGCAAUGAAGGUGACCCUGAGUUACUUGUUUUCAUUCCGUUUACUUCUGAUGUCAAGAUCAAGAGUAUAUGCAUAAUUGGUGGAGCUGAUGGCACAAGCCCUUCCAAGAUGAGAGCGUUCAUCAACCGAGAGGGUAUCGACUUUUCAGAUGCGCAAAGCAUACAAGUCGUUCAGGAAUGGGAUUUGGUUGAGAAUACGCAGGGUGUAUUGGAAUACCAGACAAGAUAUUCUAAGUUCCAGAGUGUGGCAAAUAUUACGUUGCACUUUCCUGACAAUUUUGGUGGCGACACAAGUCAAAUACAAUAUAUUGGCUUCAAAGGCGAAGCCACCCAGUUAAAAAGGGACGUUGUUGCCACUAUUGUUUAUGAGCUCAUGCCUAAUCCUUCUGAUCACAAGACGCGAGCUGAAGGGGGUGGCGGUCUCUCUCACAUCGAAUGAAAGGAACUGUGUUAUUUUCUAACUGGAUAGCCAUCACAACCCAGUAUCUCUGUCUUCGUUCUCGCAUCCAAGGUCCAAGAACAGUAACCGGAUAAUGCCGUCCUAUGCAAUAAAGGAUCUUUUUUCUUUUUUUGCCCUUGUAAAUGGCAGAAGGUAUUCUGUGUUCACUAUUCAGCGCUCCGGUCCAUCCAAUCGCAUGUGGACAUGAUAAUCAGAAUCAGCACCGUUGUAAUUGAAGUAUCUGACCGUAUUCUAUACUGGUUUAGAAGAGUUUCCCAGGCCCUAUCCUAAUUCAUAAAUGAUAAUUCGGGGAAGUACCUAUCUCGCAUUAAA